ACACGGCCAUACCAGUGCACAUUUUGCACCGAUGUGUUUAAAUCAAAGCAUGACUGGGUACGGCAUGAGAAGAGUCUGCAUCUUUCGCUGGAAAGUUGGACUUGCGCGCCUUUUGGACCGACCUAUACGGAUGCAUCUUCAUCUCUCUCACGAUGCGUGUUUUGCAAUAGCGAACACCCAUCAGAAGCCCAUCUUCGCAACCAUCGCUUUUGGGAAUGUCAGGAAAAGCCAUGUGCCCUUCGUACAUUUUAUCGCAAAGACCAUCUGGUCCAGCAUCUACGGUUGAUGCAUGGAGUUGAGAAGGGUAGUUCUCAGGUGGAGGCUUGGAGGUCCGAAGUGACACAUAUCAAUUCGCGAUGUGGCUUUUGCAUGGAGGUCUUUACUCGGUGGACAGACCGCAAUGAUCAUCUUGCCGCCCAUUUCCGGCAGGGCCUCUUAAUGAAGGAUUGGAAAGGCUGUCGCGGGCUUGAUCCUGCCGUGGCCCUGGCGGUUGAAAAUGCCAUGCCGCCGUACCUUAUUGGCGCUGAAUCUGCUGGCCUUGAUCCCUUCAGCGCCUCGAAAAGAUGCAAUAAUGACCCGAGUCUUGGUGAUGCGUGCUGUCUGCAGCGUGGAGAAACCCAACCAACUCCGUUUGAGCAGCUGACAGAACACUUGAUCCGUUUUGUGCGCGAAAACCAAGCAACUGGAGUGGCCGUCACGGAUGGUUCAAUCCAGCAGGAAGCACGCUCUUUUGUGUAUGGUGAUGCAGACCCUUGGAAUCAAACCGCAGCAGACAAUCCGGACUGGCUGCAACUAUUCAAAGAUGGGAUGGGAUUA